AUGGCAGUGCCAGAGAGUUUGGGGCCACCAUGGACUAUCAAUUCGGGUUCAGCGGCUGAACUUCGGCCACGAUUUGAGGGCUUGGAACUUGGAAGUGAGAGAUGCACUCUCUUUUCAACCGGUCAAAGAAAAGCCUUUACCUCCGCAUACCUUCCAAUCUGUCACACACACAAAGACAAGGUGAAAACAAUGGCAAAGGCUGUUGCCCUCGUUGCCUCUGCCCUCUGCUUCUUGGCCCUUGCCAGUCUUGCCCAAUGCCAUGAGAAAAAUCAGUUCCAUAUUGAGGGCAAGGUUUAUUGUGACACAUGCCGCGUCCAGUUUGAGACCAGAAUUAGCGACAACAUUCCAGGUAAUUCCCAUGAUAAUAAUUCAGGUGCUAAGGUGCGCUUGGAAUGCAAGAAUCGUGAGCACGGGAAGAUUACAUACUCCGUCGAAGGUGUCACCGACGCCAACGGCCAAUAUAGCCUGCUGGUGGAAGGAGAUCAUGAGGAGGAAAUCUGCGAAGUGAGAGUCGUCGAGAGUCCACGGGAGGACUGCGCUGAUCCAAUGGAAGGAUUGGAACAUGCCCGUGUCGCCUGUACCGGAAAUAAUGGCUUGCUCACCCCCGUUCGCUAUGCCAACCCUCUCGGGUUCAUGAAGAAGGAAUCUCUCUCCAACUGCAAGGAGGUUCUUGAUGAACUGGGUUUCUUGCCCAUUACCUACUAA